AUGACCAAGUCCACAUCGAAAUUAUACGACGUCAUUAUCGCCGGUGCCGGACCAGUCGGCCUCUUCCUCGCCUACGAGCUCGGUCUCCGACAAAUAUCAGUCCUAGUCCUAGAACGAACAGCACAACAAGACUCGCCAUGGAAAAGCGGGCCUCUAGGUCUCCGAGGCUUAAACAUCCAAUCCAUCGAAGCAUUUUACCGCCGCGGAUUACUAGGCAAAUUAUUCAAUCUGGACGAAAGGCCUAAAUACCAACCGGGCAAGAAACCAGGAUUCCAAUUCGGCGGCCAUUUCGCCGGCAUCAAAAUCAAUGCCAACCAGUUUGAUUUGCAACGAUGGAAAUACCGUCUUUCGGGACCGGCGCUUGGUCCUGGACCGACGACUAUGGACCAGGUGGAGAAGGUUUUAACAGAGCGGGUGGAGAGUCUAGGCGUGAAGAUUCUUCGAGGUCGAUCUGUGAAGUCUAUCUCGCAGGAUGAGACGAGCGUUACGGUUAAUACAGGGGAUGAGCAUGUCGAGUCGUUUCGGGGUAAAUGGCUCGUUGGCUGUGAUGGUGGUCGGAGCGUUGUUCGAAAGGAAGCCGGCUUCGGAUUUGUCGGGACAGAUGCUCAAUUCACCGGAUACGCAACUCAUAUCGAUAUAGAGGGUCGCGAUAAGUUGAAGCCUGGAUUUAACGUUUCCGAGACGGGCUUGUAUAUCAACGCGGUGCAGAAUGGUGCUUUUCAUCUACUGGAAUUUGAUGGUGCGAGCUUCGAUCGCUCCGGUGAUAUCACGCAGGAUCACCUUCAGCAGGUCCUUGAUCGAGCCAUUGGUCGGUCAGAUGUGAAGAUUACAAAGGUUCAUCUUGCUUCUUCUUAUACCGACCGCUCGAUGCAGGCUGCAAGUUACCGGAAGAACCGCGUUCUUCUCGCCGGUGAUGCAGCGCAUAUUCACUCUCCGCUUGGCGCGCAGGGACUGAAUGUCGGACUGGGUGAUGCGAUGAAUCUGGGGUGGAAGCUUGCGUCUAUAGUUCAGCGUGACGAGAGUGUUGAUAAUACGCAGGAUCUGUCUCUUCUCGAUACCUAUGAGAGCGAGAGACACCCUAUUGCUGCGUGGGUUCUUGAUUGGACUCGUGCGCAGGUCACAGCGCUUAAGCCGGAUGCUUUUGGUCGGGCUACCCGUGCCCUGACGGAAGAUCUGAUCAAGACCGAUGAUGGGGCUAAUCUGUUUAUUGAUCGAGUCUGGGGCCUUUCCCAGCGGUAUACGCUUGGUGAAGAGCCGAGACAUGCACAUCCGCUUGUUGGGUCUAGUGCGCCUGAUUUCGAGUUUGGGGAUGGGUCGAGGCUUGGCUCGAAGCUUGAGGAGGGUCGGGGUCUACUUCUUGAUUUUGGGAAGAACAGUGAACUGGAAUCGGUUGCUCAGGGGAAGUAUUAUGGGAAGGUAGAUUAUCUUGCAUUGGAGGCGAAGGAGAACUGUGGGCUGAGUGCCUUGUUGAUCCGACCUGAUGGAAUCGUUGCAUGGGUGGUGGAAGACAAUGCGGAGCACGAUAUUGAUGGUCUGAAAGCUGCAUUGGGAGACUGGUUUACAUUGUAA